AUGGACUGUGAUAAUGUCCGCCGCGAGACUGCAUUUGUCUCAAAUGCAUGGAUGAAUGUGGGUUUACUCUAUCUUCUUCUUCCUUUGUUGCAUGGGCGUUUGACAAACAAUCAACACCACCAACGUCGAAACCACCAGGUUGGGGAUCGGGGCCCCCGUAAUCCCCCAAAUCCCGAGCAAAGUGAGGAGCGCCACAGGCCUCACCAACCUGGUGGCAAUCAUGCCAACCAUCACCACCGCAUCCCCGACAUGAUCACCGCGAUCAAUCUGGAUCGCCUGUCCCUCAUACUCCUCUCCCCCGACCUGAGCGGACAGGCGAUCCAGUAA